UCAGCGGCUGAAACCUGACGCGAGCGCUUUUGCGCUGGUCUCGAGCCGUCGAUUCUGUUCCCGCGAUUCGCAGCCGCGCAUCAAAAUGACCCCCUUCAUUCAAAAAUGAUCCCUGAUGUGUCUUUUCAAGCUGGAAGACGGACGACCCGUUGCGCUAUUUUAGACUUUUAUUUCUUUAUUUUUUGUUAAAUCACUCGAAUCGGAAUGCUAAAAAGGGAAAACUGCCCGUCUUACAGAGAAUUCAGUGAUGAUGAUACUGUUCAUUCUCCUGCUGUGCACCCAGAGGACAGUGAGGAUAAACUGGACCCAGACCAGUCAAUCGGCAGAGGUGCGGAGAAUGACACUACCAGCAAUAACCUUUCGCUAGGGUUCAACAAGGCCUGUCUGAAGAAUGUCUUUGCCAUUCUGCUCAUUUUUAUAUACCUGGUGCUGACAGCCGUGGCACUGUUACUUGCAUACCUGACCAUCACUGACUUCAGGGACAAGCUUAGUCACCCAGUGAUGUCGGUAACAUUCAAGGAAGUGGACCUUUUUGAAGCUGCAGGUAUUGCCCUAUAUCCUGGAAAGGCCAAGCUGUUGAGCUGCAAGCACCACCAUCAUGACCACAUCCCACCAUUGGUGUUGCCAGGGAAACCUGGGGAAAACAAUUGCAUGAUAGAGGAGGUCAUUUACACCGACCCGUACUCCAACCUCACCAGGCAAGCGAUGGUGAUCCAAGGCCCAACAGAUGUCAGGAAUCGAGAGCUGGUUUUUCUGCAGUUCAGUCAGAAUGAAACGGAAGAGGAUUUCAGCUCCAUUAGUUACAUGCUUUUCUACAAAUUCAGUGACAUGACUCACAGCCUACAUAAAGCUGAGUUCAUGAAGGACUGUGAGAGGAACUACUCCAUGGGGACCUUUUCAGGAGGCUUCAGGACAUGGGUCAAGAUGUCUUUGAUAAAGACCUAUGGGAAAGAACGUGAAUCUGUCGAGUUCCGGCAGGAGGCCAGUGUUGUGAAAUAUAAUGACAAGAGGCAAGAGCCUGAGAAGACCGAUGAGCUGUUUUUCAUCGUGUUCCAGUGGCGGGAUCCUUUCUUCCAAGAAGUUCGAGAUGUCAUCACAGCGAACCCCUGGAACACCAUCGCCAUCCUCUGCGGCGUCUUCAUGGCUCUCUUCAAGGUGGCGAACUUUGCCAAACUCACCAUUCAGUGGACCAGGAGGAUCCGCCGGGCGCACCUGAAGCGCAAGGGGAAAGAGAUGGCAUCAGUGACCUGAGACGCGCCGUCCCGCCUCUGCAUCCGCCUGCGAAGGUGCUGCAGAUGAACAGGCAGAUAUAAUACGGAAAAGUCAAAGGGUGAUCAUUGCAUGGCAGCAUGAGGUGUGAAAAGCUGCUCUAUCGUAGGACAAAUCAGAGCAUCAACCCUGUUUACCUUACUUCCUGAUCUGAACUGCUUAGCUUACAGUGUGUAUUUAUUAUGUUUUGAACCAGCUAUAAAGUGCAGACAUACUGUCAAGUCCUAUUUUGAUCAAGGGCUGUCUAUUUGGGUUAUUCUGGUAGUUAUUUAAAGAUACCACUAGUCAUUAUUCUCCUGGUGCAUGUUAGUCAGCAAAUGAAAAUGGUUUAGUUUUUCCAAACACUAGACUAUAUUUCAUAAUGCGCAACACUAAACUGCGUUGCUGCUCACCGAUGACUGAAUUAAUCAAUAAUUUGAGAAGAUACAGAUUGUCAGCACGUCUUCAUGCAUAGCUUCUUCAUACGGCAUUAUCUGAUCUUCUUUGUACUUCAUAGAGCUGAUUUAAACCAGGGAUGUGUCUCAGAGACAUUUUAAACACAUUUUUAUUUUCCCUCCAGUACUUAAACAUUUAUGGGGUUCACUAACCCUCUAACCACACUGCUGGGUCACGUGUCCAUACGACGGGUCCUCUUUUCAGUGUUGUGUAGGCUGUUAAAUAUUAAAUAUUAAAAUAAGCUAUAAUACAAGUUUUUUAACUGAAAGCAUUUAAGUUGGUAAAGAAAAGUGAAAUAGAUAUGAAAAGGGAUCUUUCAUGAAAGCUGUAUGUAUUUUUGUGUGAGACUAAGUUUUAACAUAUCUGAAUUUUUUGGAUUGUACAGAUUCUGUACUAUUUUUGAUGAUUUUAGAACUGACUUCUGAAGCACUGUAACGGAACAACAUACUUAAAAUGAAAUUUCUACAAAUGAACUUCCUGUAUUAGCACCGGAGCUGAGUAUACCGUGAUAAUUGUAAUUUAUGUAAUUAUGUUUGCAGUGAAACACUGGAAAUGUGUGCUUAUUUUGUCUUGUUUCUCAUGAUACAUACCAUCGGCCUGUGAUUUUUGUGGUGACCAGUGUACACUGUUUAUUUCAUUUCCUCUUCCACUACUUGUAGGUAAUGCACAGUACCAACAAGAAUUUCAAGCACAUUCACUGUAACAAUCUAUUCAGUGUCACCUGGAUUUUACUUGAAAUUAUCUAACAAGAUUUUUAUGUCAAAUAAAACAGCUGCAGUUUAAGUACAUUUCUGUCAUUGCCAUAGAGCAAUUUAUUAUUUUUUCAGUUAUUAUAAAGACCGCGUGUUUGGUCAGUAGAUGCAUAGGGCUGUGAAUGCCCGACAUCCUUUGAGUGAAUUUUCCUUUGCAAGAACUGCCAUUAAAACCCCACAUAACCUA